UCCAGUUUCUGAGCAACGCCAGCACCCAGCACCGGCAUCUGUCUCCUUUUACCUGCAGGUGUUCCAGAAACUUCACAAUGCGUCUGGAAGAACUGAAAAGAUUGCGGAAUCCUUUAGAACAAGUUAAUGAUGAAAAGUAUUUACUUGAAAAUCACCAAUUGGCCAUGGAUGUGGAGAAUAAUAUUGAAAAGUGUCACCUCAGUCUACAGCCUUUGGAAUCAAAGGUGAAAGUCAUCCAACGAGCAUGGCGUGAGUACCUGCAACGGCAGGACCCCCUGGACAAGAGGAGCCCAUCCCCGCCUUCUGUGUCCUCGGACAAGCUGAGCAGCUCAGUCAGCAUGAACACCUUCUCAGACAGCAGCACACCCGAUUACCGAGAGGAUGGGAUGGAUCUAGGCAGUGACGCCGGCAGCAGCAGCAGCCGUGCCAGCUCACAGUCCAACUCUAGCAAAGUGACCCCUUGCUCCGAGUGCAAGUCCUCGUCGUCGCCGGGGGGCAGUCUGGACUUGGUGUCUGCGCUGGAGGACUAUGAGGAGCCCUUCCCGGUCUACCAGAAGAAGGUGAUUGAUGAGUGGGCGCCGGGGGAGGACGGCGAGGAGGAGGAGGAGGACGGCGACGACGCGGAGCGCGGGUACCGGGAUGACCGCUGUCCGGCCCGGAGGCCCGGGGACGUGAGCGCCAGGACCCGCAGCGGCGGCGGGGGCAGAAUCGCCGCCACCGCCAUGCCGCCCCCGGUGCCCAACGGCAACCUCCACCCGCAAGACCCCCAGGACCUUGGGCACAAUGGCAAUGUGGUGGUGACCGGCCGGCCACACGGACCCCGGGCCCCCCGCCGGCCACUCCAGAAGCCCCAGCCGGCGGGGGGCCUCUGCCUGCCGCCGGUCGAUGGCGGGACGUGCGUCCCGGAGGAGCCCCCGGUGCCUCCCAUGGACUGGGAGGCGUUGGAGAAGCAUCUGGCGGGGCUGCAGUUCCGGGAGCAGGAAGUGCGGAACCAGGGCCCUGCGAAGACCAACUCCACCUCCGCACAGAAGAAUGAGAGAGAAUCUAUUCGACAGAAGUUGGCACUUGGAAGCUUCUUUGAUGAUGGCCCAGGAAUUUACACCAGCUGUAGCAAAAGUGGGAAACCAAGCCUUUCCUCUCGCCUACAGAGUGGGAUGAACCUGCAAAUCUGCUUUGUCAAUGACAGCGGCAGUGACAAGGACAGCGAUGCCGAUGACAGCAAGACAGAGACCAGCCUGGACACCCCCCUGUCUCCCAUGAGCAAACAGAGUUCUUCCUAUUCCGAUAGAGACACUACUGAAGAGGAAUCUGAAUCCCUGGAUGACAUGGAUUUCCUCACAAGGCAAAAGAAACUGCAAGCUGAAGCUAAGAUGGCCCUUGCCAUGGCCAAGCCAAUGGCCAAAAUGCAAGUGGAAGUGGAAAAACAGAACAGGAAAAAGUCUCCCGUCGCUGAUCUCCUGCCUCACAUGCCGCAUAUAAGCGAGUGCCUGAUGAAGCGAAGCCUGAAGCCCGCAGACCUGCGUGACAUGACGGUGGGGCAACUGCAGGUGAUCGUCAAUGACCUGCACUCCCAGAUAGAAAGCCUGAACGAGGAGCUGGUGCAGUUGCUGCUGGUGCGGGAUGAGCUGCACACAGAGCAAGAUGCCAUGCUGGUGGACAUCGAGGACCUGACCAGGUCAGUAGGCUGGGGGCUAGGACCUGGGCAGGUGCAGCUCUCAGAGGCCUCCCCUCACACAGAGCGAUUGUUCAUCUCUUCUAUGUCCUCACAGAGGGGAAGUGGCCAAACUGCUGCUUCCCCAGUACAGUUUCUCAGCUGUCCUCUCGUCCUCAUCCUCUCAUGAGGGAAUCAGCGCCUG